AUAACUGCGAGUAAGUGGCGAUACCUCACCGUUCUGCCGGUUAUUGCGCGUUCUGCGUGUAUCUAUCCAGCUGUACCUACUUGCCGACUACUGCGAAAGGAACGCAGAAUUUGUGAAGAGACAAAAUGGCGUCGAGUCAUCUAGUGGGCUUGUUUCUGUGCUUGCUAGCAGCAAGUGUUGCAGCGAUUCCAGAAAAAUGCCAAAUCCCGGAUGAAGACUGGGAAGAGCUGGUCGACCAGUUCCUUGCCAAGAUUCCCAACGACUACUCAUUUCCCGGUCCGCACGACGCCACCAAACACAACGAAGUGCUCUCCGGCUUCACGGUUGGUGACAUCACGCUGAGUGGCCUCUCAAACCUCAAGCGGUACGGUACUGUCCGCGUGUUCUGCAAGAACGGCAAGCCGGUCGUGGACAUAGUCAUGGGUUCGCAUGUGCCAAUGAAGAUGUCCGUUCCCUGGAAGUACUGCGGUGGCAAGACGGGGCUCUUGGGCACCCAAGCCAAGCACGUCAAAGUUUGCAUUGGCUUCGACGUUGAGCAAGUCGAUGGCAAGGUGGCACUUCGACCGGUCAGGGUCUCGCCCAAGUGGAUUGAGACCAUGGACGUCAAGCUGGAAGGCGCUGGAGAUGUGGUCAAGACGGUGGCACACUUGAUGGGCAAGCUGAUGCCAGCCUUUGUGAAGGACUUCUGGAUCGAGAACCUGCCAUGGAGGAUGCACAAGAUACUCGUGGAGAUUGCGAAAUGAAUGAACUAAGUUCCAGAAAAAUUGACCUGUCACUUCCGUUUGUUUAUAUUCUGACGUCCGAAUAAAAAUUGGUAUCUUAAACAAA